UAAGUCUAUUAGGUCAAUUUUUUUAAAAAAAACACACAUAAAUCAAGGUUUUGACUUCUGUUUUAAUAUAUAAGAUUUUAAGAAAUAAUAGACUAUAAUUAUUAUUUAUCAAAUUAGGGAAUGAAUAGAUUUUCCUCUUGUUUUAUUCUUUUUCGUUCCUUUAUUUUCUAUUUUUAAUAUUAUUUUAGAGCCUUAGAUUUAGAUCGGUCUUUAGACGAAAAUAAGUCAACAUCUACGAAUUCAUAUUUCAUACUUCUUCAGCCUAGGACCCGUUUACCAAGGACAAUAAUUUCGUAUGUAGAUAAAAAUCUUCGCUAAGGUUUGUGGGGUUUCAGAAAAGGCACUUCUUAAAUCUAUUGGUCUACUUCUUCGUGUUUAGAAUUUAUCUUUCUCGUUGUUCCACAAUAACAACACAGUUGUUAAAAGCAAUACACAAUUGGUGUGAUGGCCUGGAUACAAGCCCAUCAAGCAUUUGCUCGAGGGCCAAUCAGUAUAAAAACAUUUUUGGGGCCAAUUCUCAUGAAGAUUAGGUAGCAGAGAUGGUUAAAGUUGCUAUUAUUUGGGUUUCUCUUGUUGGGUGCCCUGGGUUCGAGUUAUGGAUAGAGCAUUUCUGGGUCAAUUUUUUUUUCUUGCUUCUAGCUUGCAAAAUGUCAGGCACGGCCCUGGUUGGUUCACGUGGCCAACUACUUUACUUCUCAAAUUAUGUGCUGUUCAGCUAUUUUGUUAAGUCCUUAAAAAAGAAUCUUAAAAUAGAAACUUUUGACUUAGUUUGUAGAGAUCUAUUAUUCUUCCUAUUUGUUCAUUAAAAUAAGUCAACAGGACAGUCACAGUGUUUUUCGUUACCCUCAAAGAUGUGGUUUUGGGGAUCGAAAGGAGCAUCUGGAUUCUCGUCUAGUUCCACCGCAGAAGAUGUCACUCAUGGAGUUGACGGAACUGGCCUCACUGCUAUUGUCACUGGAGCAUCGAGUGGUAUAGGAGUAGAGACAGCGCGUGUUCUUGCACUGCGUGGUGUGCACGUGGUUAUGGCGGUGAGGAACACUGUCUCCGGUGCUAAAGUUAAGCAAGAUAUCCUCAAUCAAGUCCCUGGUGCUAAACUCGACGUCAUGGAGUUAGAUCUCAGCUCAAUUGAAUCUGUCAGGAGAUUUGCAUCUGACUACAAAUCUACUGGUCUUCCACUAAACAUCUUGAUCAACAACGCUGGGGUAAUGGCAUGUCCUUUCAUGCUCUCUAAGGACAAUAUUGAGCUGCAAUUCGCAACUAACCAUCUAGGCCAUUUUCUGUUGACCAAGCUUCUGCUAGAUACAAUGAAGAACACAUCACGUGAAAGCAAACGAGAAGGAAGGAUUGUUAAUCUAUCAUCAGAAGCUCAUCGGUUCUCUUAUCCUGAAGGAGUCCGGUUUGAUAAGAUCAACGACGUAUCAAGUUACAGUAGCAUUUCAGCUUAUGGUCAGUCUAAACUCUGCAACGUAUUACACGCCAACGAGCUUGCAAGGCAACUGAAGGAAGAUGGAGUCAAUAUAACAGUAAAUUCACUUCAUCCAGGAGCCAUUAUGACAAGUCUUUGGCGCCACUUCAAUAGCUAUUUAGCUGGAGCUGUUAGUGCACUGGCUAGCUAUUUUAUAAAGACUGUUCCGCAGGGGGCGGCAACAACUUGCUACUUGGCAUUGAGUCCUCAGGUUGCAGGAGUUACAGGAGAAUACUUCAGAAAUUGCAAAAUUACUAAACCAUCAUCAUUUGGACAAGAUUCAGAAUUGGCCAAGAAGGUUUGGGACUUCAGCACUAAGCUAACAGAUUCACAUUCAGGAGAAAGUCAUUCUUGAAAGUAAAUUGUUUCAGAUGAAUCUUUACUUUGAUGGUUUUCAUGUGUGAUUUCUAUUUCAGUAUUUUGACAAAAGGAAAUAAAAUAACAUAACAAACCUUAAUCAUUUCAACUCUGCAAAAUGUGGUUUAGUUCUGGUUCUGACC